CCUCUUACAACACAGCCAGCUUUGCUUCAGACUGCACACAGAGAGAAGCCUUCACUUCUGCAACCAUGACAAGUGUUGUAUUGAAAUUGGCGUGCGUUCUGCUUUAUGCAGUGUUUGCCUCUGCUGAAGUUACACCUAUGCCUGACUUUGACCUGGAGAAGAUGGGAGGAAAGUGGUAUCUCAUUGGCUUUGCUACAAAUGCAGAAUGGUUUGUCAGUAGAAAGGCCGACAUGAAGAUGGGCACUGCAAUGAUAGUGCCUACUGAGGAUGGAGACCUUGACAUAAGCCACUCUACUCUGAAUGAAGAUGGUACCUGCUGGAGGAUGAAUAUUCUUGCCAAAAAGACCGAAACUCCAGGACGCUUUGUCUUCCACAACCAGCGUUGGGACAAUGAUAAUGAUAUGCGUGUGGUUGAGGCCAGCUAUGAUGAAUAUGCUAUCGUUUACAACAUCAAGACCAAAGAUGAUGUGUCCGAUGUUCUCAACAAACUCUACAGUCGUAACACAACAGUAACUGAAGAACUGACAGAAAAGUUCAGGACAUUCUCCAAAGACACUGGCAUCCUGGAGGAGAACAUAGCCAUACUGCCAUCCAAUGGCGAAUGCACAAAUGAGGCGUAAAUUUCUCAUCACCCAAAGAUGGUCCAAUUAUUUCACUUCAAAAUACAGACCUGGAUUGCAGGCCUCAUUUCUGCUUGGUUUUAGUCUCUUUGACUUUGUAUUGAAAUAAGAGUCUUUGUGCUUUGUAAUGCAUUUGUGUCGUGUUUAUAUAGAUAACAAAUUGAUUAGAAAAUCAAUGAUUUUCCUAAAUAAGUCUCGAGGGGCCAUGGCAGGAUUUUGCAGAAACAGAUAUUUUAAGAUCAGGAGAGAUGAUUUACUUUGUCCAAAUAAGACAAAAUAAAAAAAUCUUUAUUAGACAA